CUGCCCACCAAAAGUAUGGAAGGUGCCAGGAAGAUUCUCGUGACCAAGCUGCAGCAUUUGCCCACCAUGGUCCUCUUCUGCUCUAUUUUCCUUUUCCUACUUGUUGCAAAGAACAAAUGGGAAUCUGCACUGGAGAGGACAAAGGAGACCAAGCCCUCUGGUCUGAUUUCCCCACCACCACCAGUGGCCAAGCGGCAUCCCUUGGAGGUUGUCUAUUCCACUGAUUAUAAGUUCCUUCUCAACGAGCCAAAGACAUGCCAGGAGAGGAGCCCUUUCUUGAUCUUGCUGGUGAUAACUGAGCCCCAGGAUUUUGCCACGAGGCAGGCCAUCCGGCAGACGUGGGGCAACGAGAGCUCGGUGCCUGGGGUUACCAUUCUUCGUCUUUUUCUGACGGGUGUCCACCCAAAAUUUGGAUACCUGCUCCAGGCCCUUUUGGAAGAGGAGAGUUCCAUCCACAAAGACAUUAUUCAGCAGGACUUCCUGGAUACCUACAACAACCUUACCCUGAAGACUCUGAUGGGCAUGGAAUGGAUAAGCAAGUUCUGCCCCAAUGCCACCUACGUGGUGAAGGCAGACAGUGACAUCUUUCUCAAUGUGAACUACAUGGUGUCCCAGCUGCUGCAGCCUCACCUGCCACCCAAGAAGAACUACAUGACAGGGUACAUCUAUUGGAAAACAAAGCCAGUGCGUGAAAAGGCCUACAAGUGGUAUGUGCCACGGGAGGUGUACCCCAAUGAGACCUACCCGCCCUUCUGCGCAGGCCCAGGGUAUGUGUUCUCUGCGGAUCUGGCCAAGAAGAUCUACCAGGUAGCAAAGACCAUCAGGGUCAUUAACAUGGAAGAUGCCUUCAUGGGAAUCUGCCUGUAUGAGCUGGGCAUCAGUGUGACAGAAAGCCCCUGGCGUCUCUUCAACGUGAACAAAGUCAAGUAUGAGAAGUGCAAGUUCUCCAAGGUGGUGGUGGUGCAUCACUACGGGCCGGAGGAGCUGCUGCAGAUUUGGCCUGGCUUUCAGGACCAGAACCAGCCUUGCAAGGACCUGCCUCUUUGGGUUGCUGCCAGUUGUGCAAAAGACGUAUUCGUCAUCUUCUGUUGCUUUUUCAUAUAUAUAAAUAUAUAUGCACACUCUGUUUUCAAAGAGCUUCUCUCAAGACACAACGCAGCAUCAUUUAUACAUGAAUCACCAUAAAGCUGUUAACCCAGCCAUUCCCUGUUCUCUUUGAAGGAUGAGAUAAGGUUGAAAAGGUGAAUCCUCAACCAGGGAAGAGCAUUCAGAAAAAGCACCGUAUUUUUCACUCUAUAAGACACACCAGACCAUAAGACGCACCUAGUUUUUGGAGGAGGAAGAACUGGGAAUGCCCAGAACCCCCCCCCCAACCCUAAAACACUGCACCCUGCAAAACAAAUAAAAAACAUUAGAAAGCAGGCAGCACAUAUCAGCCAACCCCCCCCCAAGCCAAAAGAGCCUAGUUCAUCAUUAAAAAUUGAUAGGGGCAGGGGGGUCUUGAUGGGCCUUGUAGUGCCCUUGGAGCUACGCUGGGGAUCCCAAGAACAGACUUGUUUUUUUUGACUGAAUUCCUUUUUCACUUGUCUUAUAAUUUUGGCCGGAGACUUAAAUGCCUGUGUAAGAAAAACCCCGUUGUUCCCUAUUUAAUUCAUAUAAACUAUGUCUUUUGUUUUAUUAUGAUUUUAUUAAACUGAUUUCUUUAUAUAU